CUUCACUAGAGUAUAAAACCAAAGAUCAAAAUACACAGCCCCUUACAGAAAGCAUUUUUGGAUCCCUUGCUGAAUCUUUGAAAUAAGUUUUUCGGUUAUAUUUUCGAAAUGGAUGAUUUUGGAAAAGAAUUGGAUAUGGAAAGAAGGGAUCCAAAUGAUCUCAACAAGCAUGUGCAGACCGCUUUUGAGGACGUGCUCGGUGAACCCGAUGGGUCCCACAGCCCCGACUGCGUGUGGAGAGUCAGUGCUAUGUGCUUCAAGGGAGGUAAAGCUUGCUGUUACACUCUCCUAACCGGACUGUGUGGGAUCUUCAUAGCCCUGUGGUGGGGUUGUGAGUUUGCCUGUAUCUCAUUUGAACAAAUCUGGUGCACCACCCCAUCGCUGAGGGUCUUUGGAAUUUAUCUAGGCUGCCUACAGAAGUUUUUUGGUACCUGUGUAUCCUGUUCUCUGGCUCCAAUUUGUGAGACAGCGGGCUUGUGUUUAAGUAACAUAACUGUUAAAAAGGCUUGACAUAAAAGAGAACAUCAGAUACCUGUGCUGAAUUCUACGUCUGUGAUACAACUGUAAUUUAUUUUAACUGUCCACUCGAGAAGAAGUUUGACGAUGGAAUAACUUGAAUCACUUUAUAUUUCGUGUACAUUCUACAUACACUUCGAAAGACAUCUAACUAGGAAUUAACUUGAAUCUAUGCAUUUUCUUUAAUAAAAUGUCUUUUGACUUUAUUUCAUGUAUUGAAUAAAACUAAUUGUAUUUUCUUAAUUUUUUUUUAUUAAAAAUGGAAUGUAAAACUUUGAAAUAAAGUGAUUUAAAAGAG